AAUAUAUAAUGACCUAUAUUUGAAUUUGACAGUAAGCAGACUCUCGUUUCAGUGCCUGUUUAAAAAAAAACAGUACCAGUUUUAAAAGUAUAAAAAGGUAUACAGAAAAAUUUCACUAACAGUUCAUUUAUUUUGACAUUUUCAUCUUAGAUAAUUUAUUUAUACGUGUGAUUGUCAGUUGGGAAACCAAAAAAAUCUAUCAGUGGUAUAACCCAGACAUGCGAUUGACUUUAAUAUUCUUAUUGUAUACUGCUUGCCUUCUAACUCACCCUGUGAAGGCAGAAUCUAACGCCAGCUAUGUACCAUGCUCGGAUACCGAGGCAAGGCCCGGAGAUGUAUGUGCCAACUGCAUUGCAUCGAGCAGUAAACACCCAGUUCGAGAAACUCCUGCUACUGAGAUUUUAGACAGUUAUGUCGAAGGGCAACAGAUCUUAUUUAGAUUGUUGCCACGUUCAAUUAUAUGGAAGUUUAAUCCCGAUACUGUGUUGGAAGCCAGGCAUAUUAGAGUCACUAUAUUUCAAUGGGAUGGGGGGAACAGCAGCCUUGGCGUUCCAUUGCCUGGGUGCUGUGAUAUCCCGCUGCAAACACAGAAUUGCAGUUACGUCUCGGAGCCAAUUGUUUCUCCGCCUGCGAAUUUAAACAACCCAUCAUUGCCUCCUCUGCAAAAUGACGCGAACUUACCGCCCGGCGCCCCACCGUUACCCCAAUUUCCCCCAAACGAGCCAGGAACGUUAUUUCUUUCUCCAUCGCCGACCCAAGCACCCCCACUUCCGCCUUUUCUUACCCCGCCUUUUCUUACCCCGCCUUUUCUUACUCCGCCUUUUCCUUUUCUUCCUUUUCUUAAUCCGCCAGUCGCCGACGAGGUACCCAACAACAAGUAUUACAGCUUAUCACUGUACCGCUCCCACGUCGUAAAGAAAAUGCCAGAAAGAGAUUUGACCCCCAUGUUUGCUAUACCAGACAUCUCAAACGAGCCACCAGUAUCAUCGAACACGAUGGAAACAGAAGGUCGAUUCUAUGUAUUCGGCGCUGGUACACCAACAGAAGACUCCACAGUUUUUAAAUGGAUAAAUUACACACGCCAUCAACAGGCUGAAAAAUAUUCCUAUGUCUGUACAUUUGAGAUGGAAAAAGAUGCGGUCCUGUUAAACGGCUCAAAAGAAACUUCUUUUGAUGUUGAUUCGUUUUUAUUUGACCGCGGUGUUUACAAAAUGCCUGGCUUUACUUACACAAACGACCAAGUCAUAAAUACUUACGAGUCAAGGGCAAUAGAAUGUGAAAGCAAAAGUUUCAACGGAACCGCUAUCUACAAUAUAACUUCGAAAAACCCUGACAACUCUACGUUUACUUGCUUGCUUUUAUGGUUAACUAUCACUGUAAACGACAGCGUCGAAGUAAAAUGCAUGCCACACAACGCAACAUACUCGAAUGUCAUCGUGUACCCUACUGUACCGAAAAAAUCCUUGCCAACCACUCUGAUUAUUGUCGUCACAAUCAGCGCAUUUGCAGCCAUUGUUCUUUUGCUCCUCCUCAUUGUCCUGGUGUGUAGAUGGAAAAAGAACUUUCACAAGAUGAUGAAAACAAAUAAAGAAAUACCGAAAUCGUUGGACGUUGUUAUGAAUGAAGACAUCAAAAUAACGAAAAGUUUAAAUGAAAUUGAAGCUGUAAGCGUUUUCAGUAUAAAGGACUACCACAUGCCUGAAAUUGAUUCAGCGAGUGUACCAAAAAUAGGCGAAGAGUCUCCAGCCCAAUCUAAAAACAGAAACAAAUAUAAUCUUCAAUUAUACGACACCCUGAGGCGCCAGUCUGAAACAGCAGGCCCCGAAGGAGAAACAAUCAGCGGUACGAACGUUUUUGUGAUGUCAUAUCAACUUAACAAGCACAAGGAAAGAGACGUCACGUCGUCAGGAGUAUCUUGCGUUGAAAGUGGCUGCUCUGUUGGUUUUGACCAAAAUGAUGGAACUACUGGGCAGUAUCGUAAUGUCUUUGAAAAAGACACAUACCAUCAGCCGCCAAUGUCACCGGACAGUGGUCUAUCUUCCGCCAGCGAGAACAACAACAGCGGUUAUCCUACACUUGAAACAGAAAAGGGCUCAGAAGAUAUUGAUUGUUUUGAGCGGAAAGAAACCAAACUUUGUACUAAUAUCCCGCAGGUUCCAGCCCCGUGCGGUAUUUAUUCUAAGAGCAAUGAGCUUGGAAGAUAUUACGAAAGAAGACAUAGUUUAAUGAGUGAAUCAAACAGCACGAUUUCAGAAGCAAGCUCAUACGGUGAAAUUUCGUUCGAAAGUCCAAAAAUAAUCCGAAAACCACAAGAAACACUGGAGAUGCAUCCCAACAAAGAAAGUGUUGUAUACACUGUAAUGCAGGGCCAAACACUGUCUGAUACCAGCAAAAAGUACAUUUUGAAAAACACCGAACAGUUCGACGCUUAUGAAGACAUGAAGUCCCAGCCGCAGAAAAACGAGUUAUUACAGUUACAAAUAUUAGAUUUACCGGUAAAUUUUACUCGCCUUAAAACCAGCCCAGAAAACUCAUCCACUGAACAAAACGUUUAUGAUCCAGCACUUGAGUACGACAUUCAGCAACCCAUCGAAUGUGUUUCGAACUAUCUGGAUAAGCAGACAUUGAACCCUCUAUGAUGAAACAGUAGUAACUUAUUCUUGUAUUUUAUCCCUUCUUCUUCAAUGCAUUUUUGCCGCACUUACCAGCAGUGUAUAAACAGCUCCAAACAUGUCUAUAUUAAUUUAUCAAUACGGCGCAAAUUUUAACUUAUUUUUACAUAUCUUUUCACAACGUUUGACUAACGUUUUCCAAUAAUUAAGUCGCUAUUCGUCAAACAGCAGUCGAUUUUCUAAUAUGCGUUUUAUUCCGCAGGCUAUGCGUGUAUAAUCUGCCUUCCAAGGUGUUGCCAUUGCUGUACGUUACGCUACAUUAAAAGAGCAAUUUAAGUUUAUUUAAUUUCAAAACUAAA